ACAGACUUGGCAGCAUCGUUGCCCAUACUGGACAUCGAAGGAUGCAUUUGCUUUGUUGAAGAAAACACCAAUUUGACAAUCGAGUAUAUAUUUUGUAAGAAAAAUAAAAUAUUGAAUUUUUCAAAACUAGAAAAGAAAUCAAGUUUGUCAACAAACGCACAUAAAUAUUUCUAAAGAUAUAAAUUGCAAGUUCAAAACUAAAAUUAAGAAUGCCCAUGGGAGCAGAGCCUGUUUAUCAACCGACAACCGUCUCGGUCUCCUACGAACCACGACCAGGAAGAAACAAUGUCCGUUUACUACCAUUUAAAAUACUGAGGAAUUCGCGAUUUCAGCUAUUUCUGCUGAUUUUCGGACUGUUGUCUAUUGCAACUGGUGUAGCAAUAUUCUCUAGCGCUCUAGCAAGCAUGCCCAGUAAUUUAUUUUACAAUAAGCAUACCGAAGAUCUGCCCGACAACGAUAUUGUGGUGACCUGUUCAGAAAUUCCAACCGGAAUUGUUGUUCUGGUUGUAUUUUUCAUAGUAACCGGUGUAGUAUGUAUUGGGGUCUAUGCAUCAGUUGCUGAUUGGCGACGCAAUUGUGUCUGCCGUUGCCCAUUAUUUGAUAAAAAGAAAUCAUUAGCCAGACAACUGCAAUGCCAAAACGGAGGUGGUUGUGGCGAAGGCAUAAUGGCGUUAAAUCCUUCGACAGAUCCGUUGGUUUCACAUACACAGUACGCACCGGUAUCAGAGCUGCCACAUCGAGGCGACGAAGAAGAACGCAGAAAUUUAAUGCCCGACAACAAAGAUUGUCUCAGUAGCGCUGAAGAGUCGGACCGCAUGUUGGAACCAGAUCCACGUAUUGUUUUGCGGCCAAUGGGUCGUUUAGAUGAUGCCUAAAAUCGACCGAAAAGGAGAAAAUUGGACAAAUUGUGCAGCUGGCUGACGAAGUAUGGCAGUAACUUUACUGUUGCUGUCGAUUUAAUUGUAGAAAUUCUACUCAUAUUUUGUGUACCCACUAAAUUAUUACAAUUUUAAUUACGUUAAGCUAGUUAGAGCGGUGUGUUAUGUAACUAACACUUGUUUUGAAUAUUUCAAAUGCUUUAAAUAAUAUAUUAAGUGAGAUUUUUUCAUUUCUGUUGAUCUUCUUAAGCAUCCAGGAUGUAAUCAAUUUUCACAGAACAAGAAUUUUUAGCUCUCAAUUAUGUAAUAAAUUGAAUUUUACAUUGGCUUAUUUAGCAAAAGAAUUGAAAUAAUCCCGUAGUUGUAAGCUACUAUUUAUUGCUUAGACAAAGUUCAGCAAUUUGUUGAUCCACGCACACACAUAAACACAUUAAUUCGUGUAAAAUGAAAAUGAUAAAAAAUUUAAAUAAAAAAAUAAAAUUAUGU